CAAUUCCCCACCUCCCAGCCAAACACCUCACCCCUCUCCUACCUCCGAAGCAGCAGCAGCAGCCAUGGCCCCCAAGGCGGACAAGAAGCCGGCCGCCGAGAGCAAGGUCGAGAAGGCGGCGGAGAAGGCCCCGGCGGGCAAGAAGCCCAAGGCCGAGAAGCGGCUGCCGGCGGGCAAGACGGCGUCCAAGGAGGCCGGCGGCGAGGGGAAGACCCGGGGCAGGAAGAAGGGCAGCAAGGCCAAGAAGGGCGUGGAGACGUACAAGAUCUACAUCUUCAAGGUGCUGAAGCAGGUGCACCCCGACAUCGGCAUCUCCUCCAAGGCCAUGUCCAUCAUGAACUCCUUCAUCAACGACAUCUUCGAGAAGCUCGCCGGGGAGUCGGCCAAGCUCGCGAGGUACAACAAGAAGCCCACCAUCACGUCCAGGGAGAUCCAGACCUCCGUCCGCCUCGUCCUCCCCGGCGAGCUCGCCAAGCACGCCGUCUCCGAGGGCACCAAGGCCGUCACCAAGUUCACCUCCUCCUAGACUGAUGAACUGAUGAUGCGUCCGUCGCCUCUAGUUGGUCUCUGUAUCUGCAUCUCUGUUAACUCUGCUUAUCUCUCUGCAAGUAGUGCUGGUAGUCUGUGCUGGGUGAUUGCCAACGCUUCGUUGGCUCGUUCCUCGUUGGUUGUGAGGACCGAAGCUUCUGCUUUUGACAAGCUGAUAUCUAUCUAGAACUGAAGUUGUGGUGGUACUA